UCCAAAUCACUAAUCAUUAGAGAUAUUGUUUAUGGCCCAAUCAUACCAAUCACAUGCAGAUCGAUGAUAUCUCACCAUUAUCUUCACAUAAUUCAUAUGUCACUGAGUCGAAAUCAAUCAGCCAUAAUGUAAGAGAAUACCGGGUUUCACGGUUUCCUGCAGUAUGCAGGUAACCCUGCCCAUCACAUCAAAAUCGACAGAAAAGAGAGCAGAGACUCCGAGCUGGACUAAGAUUUGUUCAACCCCGUGUUACUUAGAACCAACAUGAUGAAGAGAAGAGAUUGCCUGUCUAACAUGUUACACUACCUCAGCAGUGUCUCCCCCAACAGAACGCAUCAAUCAGUCAGACCAAGCAAUUUCAGAGACUGAUAAUUCAAUGAUUCGUCUUAACAUAUAAUAUAAAGCUUAGUAACUACCACCAUGCAUGCACUAAUAUAAAGCACAUACCUCGGCAUCGAACACAGCAGUCUUCAUCGCUAUCCCAAAGCAAGUAGUGAUAGAGCUAGAAGGAUCGAAUAACUCUACAGUCAUCACCACUAUCCCGAAGCAAGAAGUGAAAGACAGAGAAAGGGAUGGCGAAAGAUUAUCUUAUCUCAGGUAGGAUGAAGUUCCUCCUUGCAUUGCUCACGCUCCAGUUCUGCUUUGCCGGGUUCCACAUUGUCUCCCGACUCGCACUCAACAUCGGUGUCAGCAAAGUCGUCUACCCGGUUUACAGGAACAUCAUCGCCCUACUCUUGCUCAGUCCUGCAGCCUAUUUCUUGGAGAAGAAGGACAGGCCUCCCCUUACCUUCUCUUUAGUGGUUCAGUUCUUUCUUCUCGCAUUGCUCGGGAUCACAGCAAACCAAGGAUUUUACCUCUUGGGGCUGUACUAUGCAUCCCCGACCUUCGCCUCUGCUAUGCAGAACUCCGUUCCUGCAAUCACGUUCCUUAUGGCCUCUGCUCUAGGGCUAGAACACGUUCACAUUGCAAGGAGAGAUGGGUUACCAAAGGUUGUCGGAACAAUAGCUAGUGUAGGAGGAGCCACUGUUAUCACUCUCUUCAAAGGUCCUCUACUACACCAGACUUGGACACAGGGCAACACAGUCCGUAUUGGAGACAAUGUGACUGCAACGAAGACACAGAACUGGUCGUGGGGCUGUAUAUAUUUGGUUGGACACUGCAUGUCCUGGGCAGGGUGGAUGGUUCUUCAGGCUCCAGUCUUGAAAAAGUAUCCCGCAAAGCUCACACUCACGUCGUUCACCUGUUUCUUUGGACUACUCCAGUUCUUGGUAAUCGCAGCAUUUGUCGAAACCGACUUUGAAAAUUGGAAGAUACAGUCUGGAGAGGAGUUGUUUACCAUUCUCUACGCUGGAGUCGUUUCUUCCGGAUUUGUGAUCUACCUCCAAACCUGGUGCAUUCAUAAAGGAGGGCCCGUGUUCGUUGCUGCUUUCCAACCAGUGCAAACAGUUUUGGUGGCAGCUAUGGCAACUCUCAUUUUCGGAGAUCAGCUCUACUCUGGAAGGAUUAUCGGGGCGAUUCUGAUCAUGAUAGGACUCUAUGCUGUUAUGUGGGGUAAAUCCAAUGAGAAAAGACUAGGGGACCAAGAGAAGGAAGAGAAUCUGACAAAGCCCCUCCUCGGCGAUGAAACAUGUAGCAGAGGGAAAGACCCGGGUUCUCUAUCUGCAGAUAUUCCAUGAUUUCCUCUGCAUUUCAAUACUAUCUAUCUCUUAAGUAAAUGAACUUAAGCAACUGAUUCACCACGGAGGAUAAAAUGCAGGCCGCCAUGUGCCUCAGUUUCUAAUU